AUGGAUUCUGUAGCCUUCAGUGGUCUCUUGCAUGUCGAGCCACCGCACAGUAAACUCCCGAGCCAACCAGAGAGAGCACUUUCGGUGACUCAUGCUAUUCAGAACCAUGAACAUGAUCUCGUUGAACUCGCCAGCCUCAAGCCCACAGAUCCGACAGCAUCUGGACCGGCCAGGAGAGCAGCCGGUGCGAGCUAUACUGGCUCCCCCGUUGCAGAGGAGGCAGCCGCGGAAGUUUUCCCAAGCAUCUUCAGUUCCAGGAAAGAUAAGCUUAGGCUCGCGGCUUGUUGCAGCAUGAGCUUUACGGGAGGCCUGAAUGAUUCCGCAGCUGGUGCGCUCAUUCCGUACAUGGAGACCCACUACAACAUUGGAUACGGUACUGUGUCUCUUAUCUUUGUGGGAGUCGCCAUUGGCUUCAUCACUGCUGCGCCUUUUGUGGACAGCUUGCAAGCAAGAUUUGGAAGUGCCAGGGCAUUUGGCAUCUGCAUGAUGUUUUUGAUUGCAGGAUACAUCCCUAUCAUCUGUGCGGUGCCGAUCCCCGCCAUAGUCGUCUCGUUCUUCCUCGUUGGCUUCGGCUUGGCGACUAGUCUCUCAAUGUACAACGUCUUCCUGGCUAACCUCCCAAGCGCGGGAACUGCGCUAGGCAUGGCCCAUGGAUCGUAUGGUGUUGGAGGCAUAGUCGGACCCCUGAUAGCAACAAGCAUGGUGUCCAAUGGAGUCUCUUGGAGCAUGUACUACCUCAUCACUCUCGGUCUUGCCAUUUUUAAUCUCGGAUUUGCCCCGUGGACGUUUUGGACGUUUGAGCAGGAAACUCAGACCGAACUGGGACCGGUCGAGACGAGUCAACGUGGCACACAACAGCUAAAGGCAAUGCUUCAGGCCUUCCGGACCAAAGUCGUCCUACUGGGAGCUCUUUUCAUCUUUGCCUACCAAGGAUCUGAAGUCUCCAUUUCUGGCUGGGUCAUCUCAUUCCUCAUUACAAUGCGCAAUGGCGACCCGACGCGCGUUGGUUAUGUUUCAUCCGGUUUCUGGGCGGGUAUUACUCUUGGUCGAUUUUUCCUCUCGCCGCUUGCAGCACGAAUUGGCGAGAAAAGAUUCGUCUACGGAAUUGUGGCUGGUGCUACAAUUUUCGAGCUUCUGGUGUGGCUUGUCCCAAACGUGAUUGGAAAUGCAGUCGCUCUGGCCAUCGUGGGUCUUCUGCUUGGACCGGUCUAUACUGGUGCUGCUGUGAUCUUUACGAGAAACUUGUCUAGAAAGGAACAAGCAAGUGGCAUGGCGGUAAUUAGUGCGUUUGGGAGCUCGGGCGGCGCUAUUGCACCCUUCACGACGGGAAUCCUUGCUCAAGCUGUGGGCACAUUUGUGUUGCACCCCAUCGCCAUUGGCCUGUUCGCGGUCAUGAUGAUUAGCUGGUUUUGCAUCCCAACGCCACGCAAGAGAACAGAGUAA